AUGAAACCUCACGUUUCUGGUGAAACCUCUUUGGCCAAGGACUCUGCCAGAUCCGUGGUGGGAGAGAAGCUCCACCAGCUCUGCAAGGCAAUCUCCGCCGAUGCCUCCAACCAUCGGACUAGGCUUCUCAGUUGCAACCAAAGCUUUACCCUCCAACCAGAAGACCCUAUCAGAACCCUAAUGUUCUUGGCCUCUUGGACUCUCACAUAA